CCUUCUUCUACACAUGCAACGGGUGAGUGUCAAUGAACUGUGGUUUCUCUUAGCAGAAAAAGGAAGUGGCCACUUCACACAUAUGUGCAUGCAUACUAUCUAUACAAGGACCCAGCGCUUUAGAAGGAGAACGCAGAGCGGAAGAGAGCAGAGUGGAGCGGUGUUUUUGAAUCGAGGGAAUCACCUGGAAGAAAAGGCCAAGGCGCAAGCGAGCCGAUGAAUCCACAAGGAGGAAAGGCCUUUGGGGUGCUGAAGGUUCAGCAGGAGGAAUUGCUAGACUCUGUCAACAAGGAAUUCAUGGAGAGCCCAAAAUACAGCACGGAUGAAGACCUCGCUGAAAAAUUAGAACUAUUUAAAAAGAAGUACAUGGAAUUUGAUCUCAAUGCACAAGGUGAUAUAGAUAUCAUGGCUCUGAAGCGGAUGUUGGAAAAGUUGGGUGCCGCCAAGACCCACCUAGAACUGAAAAAAAUGAUCACUGAGGUCACAGGAGGGAUGAGCGAAACCAUCUGCUACCGGGACUUUGUCGCUAUGAUGCUGGGAAAGCGAUCAGCUAUCCUUAAAAUAAUUCUGAUGUACGAAAAAAUGAAAGAGAAGGAUGAGCUCCCAACCGGCCCUGCUCCAAAGAAAACAGUGGCAGAGCUUCCUUAAUCCUCCCCGAAGAGGGAAGAAUCAUACAACAUAGACA